UGGAUGCUUGGGCGCCCCUCGGGGCUGAGGGUACCCGGGUCAGCUCCGGAAAGCCUGGCAGACGCUUUGCUUCCUGCCUGCUGUAGCUGGAGAAAGCCUUAGUGGGGAAGGUCAUGAAGAGACUGGAACUUCUUUUCCUCCUUUCAUCACUUACUGUCUUUCUCCUCUAAAGAAGAGCUUUUUCUCAUCAACAGUGGAUGAAUACAUUUCUUCCUAAAAAGGAUGGCUGCUCUUCUUCUAAAGAAAUUAACACUGCAAAUCAUAAAGACUGAAAGUAAGUGUAUUGGAAGAUGUUUUGGUAAAUAUAUGGUGCAAAAGACAGCCCCAGCACCAUUGUCCCUGGCUGCUUCUGCCCCAAGGCUGACCUCUCUAAUCCAUGCAAAGUGUUUUAGUACUGUGGAAGACACCCAGGAUAACAGGAAAAGAAAAACAAACAAUAGGACUUUGACUAACACAGGAAGGAAAAUUCAUGCACGAAUUAUUCGAGUCUUUGAUGAAAAGGGCAGUGAUUUGGGAAACAUGCACCGGGCAGAGGUGAUUAAACUCAUGGACGAGCAAAACCUGAGGCUGGUGCAGAGGAGUGCCAGUGCAGAUCCUCCAGAGUACCAGCUCAUGACGGGCAUGCAAAUCCACCAGGAGCGCCUAAGACUGAGGGAGCAGGAAAAGGCCAAACCCAAAACAGGACCAGUUGUGAUAAAGGAACUGAUCUUUUCUUCAAAUAUUAGUCAACAUGACUUGGACACAAAGAGUAAACAGAUUCAGCAUUGGAUUGAGAAAAAAUACCACGUUCAAAUUACCAUAAAGAAGGGGAAAAAUGCAAAUGAGCCAGAAAAUAAAACAGAGGAAAUAUUUCAUCAAAUACUUCAAACAAUGCCUGGAAUAGCCACCUUCUUAUCCAGACCACAAGCUGUUAGAGGAGGAAGAGCUUUAAUGUGUGUUCUUUGUCAUCUGAGCAAGAAUGAAGAUAAGGAACAUGCAGACUCUCAAAUCAAAAAAAGAGACACUUUGAACAAAGAAAAUGGAAAUGGCAGGGACUCAGAUGUGGUGUGCCCAUGAUUUUAAUAAAGAAAAAUAGGCUUCUGAGCUAUACUAAA